AUGUCAACAUAUAAGAGAGCCACUUUGGAUGAGGAGGAACUGGUGGACUCUGCAGGCGAUGAUAUCUACCCAUCAUCACCCAUGCAGGUGACUCUUCUGCGUAGCCGCGGUUCUACAUGCUGGCAGGAGAAGACAAAACGAGAAAAACAACUGUUGGUUUUGGUGUGUAUCCUGUUCGUUGGUCUCUUCAUAGCACUCCUCACUGCAUGGAUCUUCUACAAACAGAGUGAACCAGGCUUGUGCCUAACAGAGCCAUGUAUUACUGUGGCCAGUGCAGUCAUGGGAGCCCUGGACCGAUCUGUAGACCCUUGCCAGGAUUUUUACAACUUUGCCUGUGGAGGCUGGGUGAAGAGCAACCCCCUGCCUGAUGGCAAAGACCGGUGGGGGGCUUUCAGCAGCCUCUGGGAGCACAACACGAUUGUAAUGAAGCAUUUGCUAGAAAACACAACAAUGAAAGGUCUGAGUAAGGCUGAAGAAAAGGCUCAGAGAUAUUAUCAGGCCUGCAUGAAUGAGGCCAAGAUAGAAGAACUCGGAGCUCAACCACUACAGGAACUCAUCAAUCAACUGGGGGGAUGGGCCCUAACUGGACCCUGGGACAAGCAAAACUUCCAGGAGGUUUUGCGCACUGUGUCGGCAAACUAUCGCACCGCGCCGUUCUUCGCAGUGUUUGUCAACACCGACUCCAAAAACUCCAGCACCAAUAUCAUCCAGGUGGAUCAGUCCAGCCUUGGACUACCUUCACGGGAUUACUACCUCAACAGAACAGCAAACGAAAAGUAUCUGACAGCAUACCUCAACUUCCUGGUGGAGUUAGGAGUUCUUCUGGGUGGCUCAAAGGAGACAUCUCAGAGAAUCAUGGAAGAGAUUGUGGACUUUGAAGCCACUCUGGCCAACAUUACAGUCCCUCAAGAGGAGAGAAGGGACGAGGAGAUCAUCUACAACAAGAUGGAGGUCAAGGAGCUAGCAACUCUGGCCCCUGCAGUAGAGUGGAUGUCUUACCUCACAGCUGUGUUUGCUCCUGUGCCACUCAAUGAUUCAGAGCCUGUGGUUGUUUACGCCAAAGAAUAUCUCCAGCAGGUUUCAGACCUCAUUGUCAGCACCAACAAAAGCCUCCUCAACAACUACAUGAUAAUGAAGGUGGUGAGGACGAUGGUGUCAAUUUUGGACCAGAGGUUCCAGGAUGCUGAGCAGCGCUUCUUUGAGAUCAUGUAUGGAACCAAAAAGAGCUGCACCCCACGCUGGAAGCUGUGUGUUAGUGACACAGACAGCGCCCUGGGAUUUGCUCUUGGAGCCAUGUUUGUCAAAGCCACUUUUCCAGAGGACAGCAAGGCCAUUGUAGAAGAUAUGGUUGGAGAAAUUAAAUGGGCAUUUGAGGACAGCCUAAAGUAUGUGACCUGGAUGGAUGCUGAAACUAAAAGAGCAGCAAAAGAGAAGGCAGAUGCGAUAGACAACAUGGUCGGCUAUCCAGAGUUUAUUAUGAACGUCACACAGUUGGACAAAGUGUUCAAAGAUUUCGAGGUGGUAGCAGAACUUUACUUCCAAAAUGUUAUGCAGUACUACAACUUCUCAGCUAGAGUGACUGCGGACCAGCUGAGGAAAACUCCAAACAGAAAUCAGUGGAGCAUGACCCCUCCCACAGUGAAUGCGUACUACAGCCCAACCAAGAAUGAGAUGGUUUUGCCAGCAGGGAUCCUUCAUCCUCCAUUCUACAGCCAGUUAUGGCCUAAAGCUCUUAACUUUGGUGGAAUUGGAGUCGUCAUAGGGCACGAAUUGACUCAUGCUUUUGAUGACCAAGGGAGAGAAUAUGACAAGGAGGGAAAUCUGCGUUCCUGGUGGAAAAACUCAUCUGUGGAGGCCUUCAAGAAGCAGACGCAGUGCAUGGUGGAACAGUACGGUAAUUACACCAUCAACAAGGAACCUCUGAAUGGAAGACACACCCUGGGAGAAAAUAUCGCUGACAACGGCGGACUGAAGGCUGCCUACAAGGCUUAUGAGAACUGGAUCAACAACGGUGAAGAGGCAACACUACCUGCGCUGGGAUUGACAAACCAUCAGCUGUUUUUUGUGGGAUUUGCCCAGGUCUGGUGCUCUGUCAGGACGCCUGAGAGCUCACACGAGGGUGUAAUCACAGAUCCCCACAGUCCGUCGAGAUUCAGAGUCAUUGGAGCCGUCUCCAAUUCACACGCAUUCUCAAAGCAUUUUGGUUGUAAAGCAGACGCUCAGAUGAACCCCAAACAUAAGUGUGAGCUUUGGUGAUGUACCGCCACACAAAGUGCUAAUUAUCACUGAGGUAGGAAGUGGACCUUGGGGAAUAAUAGGCUGUUUGGAAAUGGAAAACCAAAAAAAAAAACCCCUACUGCCUCAUCACUUAGCGCGUAUCCGUUUUCUUCUGAGUGUCAGAUUGUGCCUGCUCUGUACGGAGGAUCACGUCCCUCAGGACUUCACACAUAGACAUUUGCCUUAACAUUUUUCAGCUCCUACAGUUAAAUGUAACCAUAAAAAUACUGUUUUAAAAAA